CCUCCGAGACUGCGAGCUUGGAAGAUUCAAACUCCGUCCGCUGCUGCUUUCUUUGGGAAACGCCAUAAUGAAACUGCUUUUCAGCGGCCUCCUGCAGCUCCGGACUCGAGGAUCCGUUCUGCUUCUGCCACGUACUGUGUCGGAGAGAUUUGGGCAGAAACACCGAAGUGCAACCUUGGAUCAUGCAUACAACACAAAAGGAGAAAACACCGCCAAGCCAACUGAACGGUACCCAAUGCCCAAUAAGAAUGAUUUGCCACAUGAUAUAAUAGAACAAAUGGAAGAAGCAAAAAUGAAGAAUGGGUUUUUGCCCAAUGUGUUUAAAGUGAUGGCUAAUCGACCAGAAGAACUUAGGGUAUUCUUUGCCUAUCACGACGUCAUCAUGAACAAGACAACAGGAAACCUAAGCAUGGCUGACAAAGAGCUCAUUGCUGUGGCUGUGAGUACUGUAAACCACACUCCCUACUGUGUAAUUGCACAUAGUGCCUCACAUCGGAAAUACUCCAAGAAACCGACUUUGGCGGAUCAGGUGGCUGUGAAUUGGAAAAUGGCUGAUCUAAGUGAUCGGGAAGCGGCCAUGCUUGAGUUUGCCCUUGCUGUCUGCAGAGCAGAUAACAUAACGGAAGAGCACUUUCAGAAGCUGGAGGCACACGGAUUUGACCGAGAGGAUGCCUGGGAUAUUGCCUCCAUUUCAGCCUUUUUUGCCAUGGCAAAUCGCAUAGCUCUCUUUACAGAUAUGCGUCCCAACCCAGAAUACUAUACCAUGGGAAAAGAAGAGGGCAAGGUCCAAUCUUCCUAAUAAAGAUUGUUGGUAUUUACAAGAA